AUGUUGGAGGAUGUAGUUCCGGAUAAGGUCUUGGAUCCAUCAUAUGUUUUACCUGAGUCGCCUUUGAGCUUGACGGGCUUCAGGUCAGACGCAUUCUCCAUUGAUCAACUUUUAGGGGAUCCAUGCUCUUCCAUUAAUGCUCUACCCCUUGCAUAUUCCAUUGGUUAUGUGGAUCCUAGUCCCUCUUGUAUCUCUCCUCUGACUCAUAAAUGCAAACGAUCAUUAACACAUGAUCCGUUUGAACACUUUUUAUGUGAGGUUUCAAGGACUCCUCUCUGUAUGUUGUCCUUAUCAUCUGGCCAUCCCCCUCCUGUUUCUGUUGAGGGCUGUGCUUCAUUUAUUCUCUUUCAAGAAGAGUUGGAUGAGGCUUGCCGAGAUAUUGCUCGUGCCGAGACCAUCAUAUCAACUGUGCUUUGUGUGGAUUUUAAGUUCUUUGACAGGCCGCUAACUUUGCAUGAUCGUUAUCUUUCUAAUGAAGUGAAUUUAAGAGCAGCUAAAGGUAUGAAAUUGGAUGGGGAGGGAAUAUUUUUGAAAGCUGGUGGUAUGCAUGCCGAACUGUCUGUUCGGUAUUGUGUCGCGUCAGAAAAUAUUUUUACGUUAGCGAACCAGCGAUCACUUUUAGAGUCUAAUUAUGAAGCAUGCCUCCGGGAGAAUGAUAUUUAUCGUGCUCAAAUUGCAGCCAAGUGUUUUUGA